AUGUCAACCACCGCCCACCCCACCCCUCUCCCAUCCCCGCCCGCAAGCCACGACGGCUACUGCUGUCCCGCCUGUCGUCGAGAAGAAGAGCCCGGGGAGCCCGAAGUGGAUGAUAUCUGGAACGACGAAAGCGCCGAAGUGGUGUUGGUCAGUAGCGAUAAUGUGGCGUUUUGGGUAUCGGGGUAUCAUAUCAUGUCGCAGAGUACGGCUUUGAGGGAUGCUUUGCAAAUGAAUACCACCCUCCCAUCCCCCUCCUCUUUCCCCGCUCCCAAUAAAGAACCCAUCCGCAUAACCCUCACCGACGAAGACUGCGAAACAUCCUCCGCCCUCCGCUUCUUCCUCCACCUAUCCACCCACGGCUCCCCCUCCUCUCUCCUCCCCAAAUACCCAAAAGAGAUUGUAAAGAUGAUGCUGGAAGGGAUGUUGUUUAUGCGCAAGUAUGAUUGUGCGCCGGCGCAGAGUUUGGGGGAGAUGUGGAUGAGGACGAUGGCGAGGGGACAGGGGGAGUGGGAACGGGACGGAGAGGGGAAGGGGUGGGGAAAGAGUUUGUCGGUGUUGGACCUGUUUUUGAUAAGCGCCAAAACGGGGAUGGACGGCGUCAUGGUCGAUUGUGUCAAGUACUACAGACCCCGUGGCCGAUGGGUCCAACCUCGUUUCGCCGACGCUUCCUCCCCGUCAAACCAAGCUGCACCCCCUCCUCUUCCCGAGCCAAUCUGGGAGAAAGACGAAUACAUCCCCAUGCUCAACGAGCGCUUCGGCUGGGGCGCAUACACAGGUUUGACCCCGGGGGAAUUCCCAAUCCUAGCGUGGGAGGCUUGUCCGCCGUUGGUGCUUUGGGCGUUGACGAAGGCUUGUGAGAGGGAGGAGGGGUGGGAGAAGAGGGGAGAGUGUUUGGAGGGGAUUUUGGGAGAGGUUGGGUUUUUGAGGUAG